UCUGUGUUGGUGUGAUGGCUGUGUCCCCGGUGCUUCCUCUGUCCCUGCUUCUCCUGUCCCUCCACACUCGCAGCACAGCGUCUCCGUCCUGCCCUGUGAGCUGUCGCUGCUACAGCCUCACUGUGGAGUGCGGUUCGACCGGGCUUAGGGACAUCCCUAAACACGUCCCUCCGUCCACACAGACCGUCUUCCUCCAGGACAAUGUGAUUGGUCAGAUCCGUCGACAUGACUUCACUCUGCUGAGGCACCUGCACUACCUAUACCUGCAGAACAACAGCAUCUCAGCAGUGGAGCCGGGCUCCUUCCAGAACCAGGGACAACUGUUGGAGCUGGCUCUGAAUGGGAACCGGGUCCACCUGGUGACGGCUGACAUGUUCCAGGGACUCGAACAUCUCCGCAUUCUUUACCUGGCAGGAAAUGACAUCACACGUCUGCUGGACUACACUUUCCGUGGCUUACAGCGCCUGCAGGAGCUCCAUUUGCAGCACAACAGUAUAGAGAUGUUAGCAGACCAGGCUCUCGUUGGUUUGACUUCUCUGGCUCUACUGGACCUGAGCAGGAAUAAUCUUCACACCAUUGGCCCUGCGUCCCUGCGCCCUCUGGUCAGCCUGCAGGUGUUGCGCAUCACAGACAACCCGUGGCGCUGUGACUGCGCUCUGCACUGGCUGCGGAGCUGGAUCGAUGAGGAGGGCCAGCGGCUGCUCAGCUCUGCAGAGCGUCGCCUGGUCUGCACCGAGCCACCGCGCCUCUCCCACCUCAGCCUGGUGGAGGUCCCCCUCAAUAGCCUGGUGUGUAUCCCUCCACUGGUGCAGCUGGAGCCCAGGAGGCUCGCUGUGCGCCUGGGAGAGAGCCUCAGGGUGUCCUGCCAUGCCUCGGGCUACCCUCGGCCACAGGUGACGUGGAGAAAGGCGUCCCAGGGGAAGGUGGUGCUCUCUCCCAGAGGCCUGGUGCAGGAGCUGGGUGCUGGAGGAGGGGCAGUGGGGGGGGCAGAGGAGCCGUCCGAGGAAGGCCGGGUCAGUCUGCAGAAGGCUGCCGGCGAGCGCUUCGACCCCGACACCGGCAGCGGCAUGCUGUUCCUCAGCAACGUGACUGUGGCUCACGCAGGUUUCUACGAGUGUGAAGCCUGGAACGCGGGCGGUGUGGCCAGAGUGACCUUUCAGCUCGCCAUCAACUCUUCCACUUCCUCUUCGUCCUCUUCCUCCUCCAUCUGGGCCUCGUGGUCCCAGGUGUCGUCCCCGUACUCGCCGGCCUGGCCCCGGCUAAGGAGCCACGGCCCCGCUGUGGGCUCCGAGGUGAGCCGCGAGCCGCUCUACGCUCUGGGCAGCAUGGCCUUCAGCGCUCUGGGAGCUGCCACGCAGACGGCCAUCGCUGUGGGCAUCUCGCUGCUCGCCCUGACCGCUCUGCUACUGCUCGCCAUGAUCUACAGCCGCCAGCAGCAGCCAGACAAGGACGCUGAUGGAGCCGAGAAGGAGGAGAGCAUCCUGUACGUGAAUGACUACUCGGACGGCCCCACCACCUUCGCCCAGCUGGAGGAGUACCGGGACGAGCGCGGCCAUGAGAUGUACGUCCUCAACAGGGCCAAGCCCGUGCUGCCUCCUGCCCCCCCCACGGCUGUCUCCACCACUAACCUGGGCUGCUCGGCUCCAUCUGACACCUCCAGCCACACCCUGUCCUCGGGGCUGGGCCAGACCACCAGCCCCACUCUGGCCCCCAACAAAAAGCAGCAGCAGCAACAGCAGCAGCAGGAGGGCGACAUACGGACCAUGAGGAGAAUGGCGGGGGAGGGAGGGGAAGCUGAGCCCGUGAUUACUUCAGAGGCAGAAGGGAUGUUUCUUAAUCACACAGGUCUGUUCAUGGACUCUCAGAUCGCCUAUGAGAUCCACUGCUGAAGCGGAGAGAAUCCACUGCAACACAGAGGCUCUGUGUGUGAAUCCUUUCUAUUACUCCCCCACAGUGACGGACUCUUAUUGGAGAAGGGUUACAUACCUGGCGCAGCUCACAAUCGGGUUUACUACAUCAACGGCACUUUAGACUUUGGAAUGAACAUACUUUGACCUUUGCACGCUACAACAGCAGUGGUUAGUAGGCUGGUGGGUAGACUGCAAUUCAAAUGCCCUACAGUCAAAGAGCCAUUUAACUGGGCUCAGGUAGAAGCUGAGCUGCACACAACAGAACCGUCCUGUACAUGAACAUCUGGCUCAGCAUUUAUCAGAGCUACUUUCACACCAGAAACCUUUUCAGCAUCAUUGCUGUGCAAGAGUUAACAUCUGUCCUCUCAAGAACUCUGAAAGCUCCAGUUGGCAGGGUGAGCAUAACGCAAGGGGGACAUCAUGGAACCUUCCAUUUCAUGAGCAUGUAGGAACCAAAGUGUGUUUUACAACUGUUGUUGUUAAUGUCUGGACAGGCUGUUGAGCAUCUGAAGGCAGUACAGUGGGGGAUGUGACAGCAACAGCUGAAUUUUGUAAUUACUUAUUUAAAUGUUUUAGGUAAUGGGUUAAAUCAUCACAGAGAAUGGAACUUUCUGAAAAUUCUGUUUUCUUAAUCUCAAAAUCAUGAAACUGU